AUGGGUCACGGUCCGGAAACCGAGUCAAUACCCAACUACAGCAUUCAUAAAUUGCUGUCGUGGCCCAAAAAACGACAAACCUCACAACAAGAUGGCCCCAGUACAACCGGGAUGAUGUUACGACUCUCGUUGUGGGUCUCAUUCGCCGCAUGGAUCUCGAACUUCGACACCGGCUAUGCAGGAAUCGUGCUCAUCAUGCCAUCAUACAAGCGAGCAUUCGGAAGCUGUGAACAGGUCCUAGACCCGGCUACAUAUGCUAAUAUCGAGCACUGCACGCUCACACCAUUGCAAGAAUCGCUUAUCAGCCUGAACUUCCUGUUUGUCGCCCUUGGCGGCGGAGUUGCAGGCGUAACUGGUCAACACUGCGGACGCAGGGGCGCAAUCCAAAUCGGAUGUGGAUUGGCUAUCAUAGGUGCCGCUGGAAUGCUCGGAACGACUGGCAGUUUCCUUCGCUACAUGGUGUGUCGCUGCAUUGGUGCCGUGGGAAUUGGUCAUCUAUUAGCGGCCGGCGCUACAUAUGGGUCUGAAUGCAUUGUACCAAGCAAGCGCGGCCUGUCUCUGGGGCUGUAUAAUGUUGGACUUGCAAUGGGAAAUGUUGCCUCGGCGGCAGUCUGUGCUGGAUCUGCUCGUCUCGAAUCGACCAAUGAUUGGCAGUGGAAGACGCCGAUUCUCAGCCAGAUUCCAUUGGGACUUAUCCUCGGUGCUGGGAUCGUGAUGCUGCCCGAAUCUCCUCGCUGGCUUAUGGGUCAUGGGCGAGAAGAGGAGGCAAGGAAGGCUUUCGGAGUGCUGUAUAGUCAGAGUCCAGAUUCACUCGCCGUGAGCGCCCAGGUCGAAGACAUUCGCGUUCAUCUUGCGAGCGAGCGAGCGGGGAAGAAGAAAGUUUCGGUGUUUGACAUCUAUCGCAAGAAGCAUAUCCGCCGCACUCUGACAUCAGCUCUGAUCUUGGCCGGAAUGGCCGUCACUGGUAUUCAAUUCGUGGCGCCAUAUGCUGCUCUGUUUUUGAAGGGGGUCGGCAUCAGCGAUCCUUAUCUCAUAAAUUGUGUCAUCGGCCUGUGCAUUCUCGUUGGGGCCCUGGCUGGUCCCUUCGUUGUUGAAUACGGCGGAAGAAGACUGUCGAUUCUAAUAGGCUACAGUCUCAUGGCUGUUUGCAUGUUGGUACUUUCCUCCGUGAGCUCCAUUGUCGGAGCCAGCAACUCUUCACAGCUAGCCAUUGUUGUGCUGCUGAGUAUCUGGGCUUUUGUCUUUGGUGCGACUAUUGCACCAACUGCAAAUCUAAGCUCUGUUGAGAUGCACAGUGUCUCACUUCGAACCUUUGGACAAGCAAACACAACGGUUUUCUACGGGAUCUUCUCAUUUGCUGCAAGUUUCUGGACACCGUAUAUGCUGAGUGCGAAUCACGGAGAUAUGGGCGCCAAUGUUGGCUAUUUUUAUGCAGGUGUCACAGUCGUGGUUGCGGGAUUGGCGUUUCUGCUUGUGCCUGAGACUGCUCAAUUGACCCUGGAGCAGAUUGAUGAGUUCUUCAAUUCAGGAGCAAAGGCUUGGAAGACUUCGGUCUCGAAGAACAAAGCAGCUACUCUUCCCAAGAAGGACAAGGAUUCAUCUGGGAGCAUCAGCGCUUGA